GAAAGCCCCCACUUCUCUCAUACAGACACGCACGCACAGACACAAACACGUACGCACGUGCGCGCACUAGCUUCUGGUGAAAAUGGGGCUUUAGCACUCAUCUUACGUCAUCUGGUCAGCAUAUUGCCUCUAAUCAGAAGGCUGAAGGUUGGCUUGAAACAUUAAUUGGUGUAGGACAUUGUUAACAUCUCAAUCGGCCCGUCCUUAGGGGAUGGUGAUCGUGUUGUCAUGGUUUCAGUCAUGAUGUUGCCAGGUUUGAUACAGCAUCUUUCUUUCCGUGUGUCUGCAUCCGCAGUAAAAGCGCACUUGGGGAUGGAGAAAGCUACAGCCUGAAGGAGCGCAAUUUCUGCACACGGGGAGAAAUUACACCAGCUGGGCUUCAGUGUUCCUCUCUUCGCGCACUGGGUUUUUAAAGGGACGUACCGUUUAUCAUGUCUGCGAAGGAAAGACUCAAAUACAAGAUGACCAAAGACAGCGUUACCUUGCUGCCCUGCUUUUAUUUCGUGGAGCUCCCGAUUCUGGUGUCCUCUGUGGUCAGCUUAUACUUCUUGGAGUUGACAGAUAUUUUUAAACCAGUGCGUUCGGGCUAUAGUUGCAAUGACCGGAGUCUCAGCAUGCCUUACAUUGAGCCCACAAAGGAGGUCAUCCCCUUCCUCACACUCUUCAGCUUGGCUUUCGCUGGUCCCGCGGUGACGAUUAUGAUUGGGGAAGGGAUCCUGUACUGCUGCUUGGCCAGAAGAAACAUUGCCAUCAAAACAGAGGCUAACAUAAAUGCUGCUGGCUGCAAUUUCAACUCUUACAUCCGAAGAGCUGUGAGGUUUGUGGGGGUCCAUGUGUUUGGCCUGUGUAUCACAGCGCUCAUCACAGAUAUUAUCCAGCUGGCCACGGGAAACCAUGCCCCCUACUUCCUCACUGUGUGCAAGCCCAACUACACUAGCCUCAACACUUCCUGUGAUGAGAACUCUUUCAUUGUGGAUGACAUCUGCUCUGGGCCUGAUCCAGCGGCAAUCAAUGCUGGCAGGAAGUCCUUCCCAUCUCAGCACGCCACUCUGGCAGCUUUUGCGGCUGUGUAUAUCUCCAUGUACUUUAACGCCACUCUGACUGACUCAUCCAAGCUGCUGAAGCCACUUCUGGUGUUUUCCUUUAUCAUAUGUGGCAUUAUCUGUGGCCUGACUCGCAUCAUUCAGUUCAAGAACCAUGCCGUGGAUGUCUACAGUGGCUUUCUCAUUGGAGGGGGCAUAGCCGUCUACCUGGGUCUGUAUGCAGUCGGAAACUUUAAACCUAGUGAAGACACAUCUCUGAAGACACAUGUACAUCCUCCUCUCCGACAACCACAACCACAGCCACCGCAACCUCAACCACUGCCCCAGCCAGUGGUGCCUCCACCUGCCAUGCGGGAGCCUCUGAGACCUUUACCAAACCUGAACACCGAUCUACCACGCUUUCUUCCACCUAAGAGCCUGAGUAUGCGUGAGCGUCCCACCUCAGCUCGCUCUGAGAGUAUCCUCCUACGUGGCCCGUCCCACAGAGAGAACAUGUCCAGUUUGAAAAGGGCAAGCACAGAGGUAGAGUACAUAACGCCUCCCAGUCCCCUCUGCAAGGAGAGUUUUGUGACAUUCAGUAACACCUUGCCCCGGGUGCACUCAACUGGAAUUGAAGAACCAGUGCCUCGUCGCCAUGCUGCUAUCCAUGCCUCCAUGGACUCCACACGUUCCAAGCAGCUGCUGUCACAAUGGAAGACCAAGAAUGAGAACCGCAAGCUGUCUCUUCAGGUGAUGGAGGCUGAGGCUGGACAACUGUCUCCCCAGCGAAACAUGGAGCUCCGCUGCAGCUCUGAACCCUCAGCCAUGGGCUUAGAUGGUGAGCUCCGUGGUGGACCUCCUGGACAGUAUAUGAAGCUAGCUGCAAGUGCUGUGCCAUUAGCCAAUCAUAAUAGCUCUGGUGGCCUAACUGGUGGUGCUAGGGUAUCAAUCCAGUCACGACCAGGAUCGUCCCAACUUGUACACAUCCCUGAGGAGACCCAAGAGAACGCGAGCUCCUCACCUCAGGAGGAUUGUGGGGAGGUGAAUGAGGAUGGGGGAGGGGGCGAAACUGCACGGUCAAAAUGGCUGAAGGUGGCCGAGAAGAGUACUGCCUGUCGGACUAACAGCCAGCCACGUAUCAUGCAGGUCAUCGCAAUGUCCAAGCAGCAGGGCAUGUUGCACGGUAGUCCUAAAAGUGAAGGCAGCAACGUGAGUUGUACAGGAUCCAUCCGUUACAAAGCCCUCAUGGAUCAGGAACCCAACAUUGUUCGAGUGGAGGCCCACCCUGAGAACAAGCCUGUGGUUAGACCACCAUCUACAGAUGGCAGUGGGUCCUGGAGGUGGAAACCGCAGGAGCGGGGCAGCAUCCGGCAAUCCCUCGAACUCAACGACUUAAACCGGGACUCCGAAAGCUGUGAGUCAUUGAAAGAUGGCUACGGUUCCAUAGAUGGCAACCGGAGCCUACCUGACAUGAGCAACCCCCAUCAUCCCCAUUUCCACCAUCACCACCACCAACAGAGUAUCACCACCAUCCGAGUCACACCGGUAGAAGCCAGCAGUGAAGCCACCUCGGAAACUCUCUCCACCACCUCCAGUAGAGACUCCACACUACGCAGGAAAGGCAACAUCAUACUGCUGCCGGACAGAGGACCUAGUCCCGAUAAUGCCAGAAACCUGCCUCACUUUUUCAAACCCUCUCCUACACCUCCACCCAUUUUGACUUUCAAGGAAUGAAAGAAACCUCUUUCCAUACCAAUCCUAAGAGUUGCCUUGCUCUCUGAACUGAAGAUUGGAUGCUUUGCUAGGGGACAGAGUAGAGCCGGUCAUUCUGGAUACAUCUACCGUACAUUCCCUGACCGUUAGACACAACUGCAUUCUCCAGAACAUGUAAGGCAACAUCGUCAAUCAUUCUGUAGGACUCGAUACUAUAACAUAAGCACAAAAUAUGAAAUUUGGGGCUGUUUGGUAAAGGUGAUUGUUUGAUUUGCCUAUUUCAUUUGGAUUAGCUUUGAAUCCAUUGUCUUAUCAGAACUGUCUGUUCUCAGUGUGAGUGCUUUUGUACAUUUAUAUAUAUUUUCUCAAUAUAAAUAUUUGUACGUAUUCUGGACAAUUCGGAGCACAUUUUUCAUGCUUAAGGAUAAUAAUUGUUUUUACUAUGUUGCUAUGAAAUAUUUUAGCCACGCUUUCAAUCAGAUUCUUUAGACAAAUAGGAGAAUGUUAUUGUGAUGUUUACAGAGGGAUUUAGCAACAGUGUAUUAACCAAAUGGAUUUUGGUUUUGUUUAAGGGGCUUGUUUAACCAUAUACACUGUAUGUUUUGGUGACCACGAAUGAGCUAUUUUUAUUCAAACAGCUGAAAGCACUCUUUGCUGGCAUAGAGACAAUGAAUUUAUAGAGACUCAGCCUUUGGCAUUGUAAUGCUGAGAACAAUACAUUCUUCAGACAUUAAUGUCAUAUUGCCUUUGUAUAAUAUAGAACUUUUAUUUGGUUUCAUAGGCUAAUGAGUACUUUUUCACUAACAUAUAUUGAUUUGUAAGCCCCCAUAUUUUGUAGUGUGCAUUGAGCAGAUUUAUAAUUGUGUUUUAUGGUCCAUUGCUGUAUGUUUACGGUGAUGUAUCGUGCAUUAUUUUCUUGGUUGUCCCCCCAUUUUGCCUGGCAGAAUGGGGUUAUAUAGCUACUGAGGUGCAUCGUCCGCUUCAUUUUUAAGAUUGUGGGCAUAAACAAAUGACUCAUACAUCACUGCACAUUGCAAAGAAGCAUACACAAUAUGAGAGCAAUAUGAGGCCCCCCAAGGUACUAGUGGGAAUUCAUUGCUUUUUUUUUUUAAACAUCUAAAAAAAAAAAAAAAAAAAAAUACUAAUAAUCAUUAUUCAUAGAGUGCCUCAAAAAGUAUUAUAUGCCUAUUAGCUAGUGAUAACUUAGCUCCUUCUUGCAGUAACUAGACAAAAAUGUUGCUGCUGUAAUGAUUUCGGUGCAGAAUUGACAGAUGUUCACUGACUUUGCUUUAAAUAACCAUUGCCUGUGCCAUCAAAUGGCACUGAAAAACGGGCACAGUAACUUCAUUGAUGACAAGUGCUGCAUAAACUAAGUUUAAAUAAAAAUGCACAUAAUAGACAAUGUAAGGAUUCGUCCUGUGUGGCGUGUAUAUUUCUAAACAGUUCUAAACUGUGUAUUUCUAUUUCUAGCUCAUUGUUUACAUCCUUGAUAGGACCAUAUUGUAAUAUAUACAUAAAUAUUGCUAAAUAGGAAUGUAUGUUGAGCAAGGUGACAGAUACAUGUAGUCAAUUCAUGUACAGUGUCAUUUAUAUGAUGUUGGUUAUUAUUAUUAUUU